UACGUUGUCCUCGUCAUGAAGUACCUCAGAAUGACUCUAACGCUUUCGAUACUGUCAGGGCUAUUUGUUGCUUUUGUUACCUUGUACCUCUACAAGUAUUGCGCCUACCGAAUCAGAUUGACAUCCUCAUGGAAGAGAUGCGGUGUUGGAAAUAAGGGGCUGACCUUCAAAUACGUUACGCAUAGGGCAAGGUUUUGUGAACCAGCAGCCAACCGAACAAGCGUGCUUAUUGGCGUAAUCUCGAGCACGCCCAACUUCGAGGCUCGAGCGGCGAUCCGGGACACCUGGGGCGGCACAGCGCUGAAGAUGGGUUUCGACGUGGUCUUCCUGCUGGGAAAAACAUCGGACCAGGAACUGCAGCGCAAGGUAUUCGCUGAGCACGACUCGUACGGGGACAUAGUUCAAGGAGACUUUGUCGACUGCUACAGGAACCUCACCUACAAGACCGUGAUGCUGAUGCGCUGGGCUCGAGAAAAGUGCUCGGACGCUAAUUUUGUGCUGAAGAUAGACGACGACAUGCUUCUCGGGGUGUGGGACUUCGCCGUCGUUGUGAACGGUUUGGUGGGAGUCAAACGCUCGAUGUGGGGAAAUUUGAAUAGUGAUCCCCGCCCCAAUCGUUAUGUAUCUCAAAAGUGGUACGUGUCUAGGCAGGAAUACGCACCGGACACCUAUCCCCCAUUCCUCUCAGGGACCGCCUACCUGAUAUCUGGUGACAGCAUUGCCACACUAGAGGAGCUCACACACGACGAGUGCUUCUUCCCUCUCGAAGACAUUUACUUGACCGCCAUCGUUGCAGAGAGAGCUCAAGUGAGUCGGCUAAAUUUGGACGGUUUUUCCUACGACCAUACCCUGUACAGUCAGCCAUGUUCUACACCCAGGGUCGUAACCUCUCACAAGUGGAGCCCCGUGGCGUUGAGAAAUGCUUGGAGGCAUGCUGUUUCCCGCUUGGAUUUUCGGCUGUGCGUGGGAAUAAAGCAAAGCCAGACGGUGUCGUAGAUCGUCCGAAAGAAAGCGGGAUCGUGCUGAUAUUUAGAACGUAUUUAGCAACUGCUUUGCAUUAGGAUAGGUAGGGU